UAGAGCUCACGUAGCGCGUUCUCUCACCUUUCUGUGAGCAAGAUCAAGCAAAAGGCAUGCAUUUCAGCUGGAAAGUCCCCGGGGGGUUAAAAUGUCAUGGAUUGUCUCCGCUGGGCUAUGUGCAGCCGUAUGGAGGGCGGUCUAUUUUCUCCCCGUGGAAACUGUACACUAGCAGCUAGAUAUUUGGUCCUUCGAUCAGGAUUUUGAGGGAGUUUGUACACCCACGCCCAGAGUAUACUGCACCGCAACACUUCAACUUCAGCUUUCGACUGAUGUCAUUUCUAUCCGCAUAUGAAUUAUUAAUCAGAUUCCGGCCCUGGACUUCUGCUAUGCCGGUAUCCGGCCGACCGAUAUACUUAUCCAGGGCAUUUUCUGUAUUAUUCUGGUUGUUGUUCCUGUUAUGCUUGAGCCGAGGAGCAUAACUCUGCUGCCUUAUGAAUUCCGUUCAGCCCUGCCCCAUAUUUAGACCCGUCUACUCCGUACGGAGUGUAUUGCAUAUUGACUGUUGUGGCUUGGCAGCAUAACUCUGACUAAAUGCAGUAAGCCGGUUGCAUGACAAAGUACCAUCAGCCACUGUAGGGCUGCGCCGUGAACAGCUGUCCGCGCCGCAGUUGGACGGGAUUAAUGGCGCGCUGUAGGCUUCAUCAGCACAUCCACGUCCGGCUGUGUCUUCUUGGCUUUUUGUCUCAAAGUCAAUGGCUGUGGGACGAACUGACCUCACCUUCUGCUGCAGCGGUUGUGGCUGGGCAGAAAUCAGGGAAAUGAAUGGGACGCACAGUCAAUGAUUCUUCCAUUGUGAUUUGUUCCCGGCGCAGGACGGCAUUCGGAUGUGCCGGUAAAUUGCAAUACAUUAUAUUAUAACAGUAUCAUCUUUAGGUGGAAGAUCAUGGCUAAAGCCUAGGAUCCACCGUUCAUGUCUGUGUACUUAUAAGUCCUGGCAGUCUCCCCUUUGCUGGAGUCCCUCUGCAACUGUCAUCCAUAGGGCUGCGACGCUUUCCGUCAAUCUCCCAGCAUGAAAUUCUCGGCCUUCGUGUCCGGCUCCGUUGCCCUGGCUGGGCUGCUGUCCGGUGCCAUUGCUUCCCCUCACGGUGUCUACGCAAGAGACAUUUCUCCCCGCGCACUGCCCAAUGCCCCUGAUGGAUACACUCCCACCUCUGUCGACUGUCCCGCCAGCCGCCCGUCUAUCCGCAGCGCUGCCGGGGGUCUCUCCCCGAACGAGACGGCCUGGUUGCCGAAGCGUCGGAAGCAGACCACAUCAGCCCUGAAGGACUUCUUCGGCCAUGUGAAGAUCGACAACUUCGAUGCCGUGUCCUACAUCAACCAGCAUUCCAGCAACACCUCUCUGCUGCCCAACGUGGCUAUCGCUGUCUCCGGCGGUGGUUACCGUGCCCUGACCAACGGUGCCGGAGCCAUCAAGGCCUUCGACAGCCGCACGAGCAACUCCACUGCCAGCGGCCAGGUCGGUGGGUUGCUGCAGUCAGCAACCUACGUGGCCGGUCUCAGUGGUGGCAGCUGGCUGCUCGGUUCCAUCUAUGUAAACAACUUCUCUACCAUCGCGUCUCUGCAAACUCACGAUAAGGGAGACAUCUGGCAAUUCGAGAACAGUAUCUUGGAGGGUCCGGAUGGCAGCAGCAUCCAGGUUGUUGACUCCGCCGAGUACUGGACAGAUCUCCACGACGCCGUGAAAGGGAAGGACGACGCCGGUUUCCCCGUUGCCAUUACGGAUUACUGGGGUCGGGCACUGUCCUACCAGCUCGUUUACGCCAAAAAUGGCGGCCUGGACUACACUUGGUCGUCGAUCGCUUUGACCUCGGAUUUCCAGCAGGGAAAUAUCCCCAUGCCCUUGGUUGUGACUGACAAUCGGUACUCGCAUGAGACUCUCAUCGGCAGCAAUACUACCGUGAUGGAGAUCAACCCGUGGGAGUUCGGUACUUUCGAUCCCACCAUCUACGGCUUUGCUCCUCUCGAAUACCUCGGUUCUAGAUUCGUUGGCGGCGUCUUGCCUCAGAAUGAGAGCUGUGUUCGCGGCUUUGACAAUGCUGGCUUUAUCAUGGGGACCUCAUCUACCCUGUUCAACCAGUUCAUUCUCCAACUGAACAACACCAAGGCGCCAUCCCUUUUGAAGGAUGUGGUCGGGGCCGUUCUGGAGAAGAUCGGCGAGGAUAACAAAGAUGUCGCGCUGUACGGGCCGAAUCCCUUUUACCAGUUCCACAAUUCCUCCAACCCAGACUCGGCACAAACCGUUCUGAAUCAGGUGGACGGUGGCGAAGACAACCAGAACAUUCCCCUGCAGCCUUUGAUCCAGCCGGAGCGACAUGUCGACGUUAUCUUUGCCGUCGACUCGUCCGCCGACACGGAACACAGCUGGCCGAAUGGCAGUUCUCUCGUCACUACGUACGAGCGCAGCUUGAAUGCGACUGGCAUUGGCAACCACACGGCCUUCCCCGCUGUUCCCGACGUGAACACCUUCAUCAAUCUCGGCCUGAAUUCCCGUCCGACGUUCUUCGGCUGCAACAGCUCGAAUACCUCCAGCCCCGCCCCGUUGAUUGUCUACCUCCCUAACCACCCAUACGUGACCGACUCCAAUACGUCCACCUUUCAGCUGAGCUACACAGACAGCCAGAGAGACGAUAUCAUCCUCAACGGUUAUAACGUCGUCACCAUGGGCAACAGCACCCUGGACGCCAACUGGUCGACCUGCGUUGGCUGCGCCGUCCUCAGCCGUUCCUUCGAGCGCACUAACACAAAUGUCCCCGACGUCUGCAACAAGUGCUUCAACACCUACUGCUGGAACGGAACUGUCAACAGUACCGAUCCCGCGCCCUUCCUUCCAGCUAUGGCAUUGGGCGACGUGUCAACGAAGGAUAAUGUGGCAUCUGUAAAUGGUCCAACAAUGCUUGCCGUUAUGGCUGCUGCGGCUGCGGCUGUGGUUUCAGUCUUGUAAACCAGUGCACUGAAAUGUGUUGAUGACGCAUCUAAUUUUUUUUUCUCCUGCCCCCUUUUUGUUUUGUUCUAUUCGUGUUCUCUCUUUUUUUUUUUUUUUUUUUUUUUGGUCGCUGUAUGCUAGUUGGAUAUGACGUACAAUCACUCUUCCGAUCUAAUCACAUCUGGGAAUAUGCAGAUCCGCGUAUGAGGCUUCAAUCUACUGUAUGCAGUCCUCAUUAUAUAUUUAUAUUUCUGUAGAAAUAAAAGUCAAAUUGGAGCUACGGGCA